GGGAGGGAGGGCCACGCGGGGAGGGAGGGCCACGCGGGGAGGGAGGGCCACGCGCGGAGGGAAGGCCACGCGGGGAGGCCCGCAGUCCGCGCGCUCCUCCGCCUGCAAGAUGAGCUCCAAGGGCAAGAAACGCGUGGUGCUGCCCACGCGCCCUGCGCCGCCCACGGUGGAGCAGAUCCUGGAGGACGUGCGAGGGGCGCCCGCCCACGACCCCGUUUUCACCGCCCUGGCGCCGGAAGACCCCCCAGAUCCAUCCCCAAGGACCGACGACCCUGAGGCCAGGUACGAGCAGAUCUACCAACAGAGCCGUGCCUAUGUGGCCAUGAACGAGAGGCUGCGGCAGGCGGGGGACACGCUGAGGCAGAAGUUCGAGGAGCUUCGGCAGGCUGGUCAGAGGCUUGAACAGGAUGUUAGCCAGGUGACCUCAGCCACCUCCUAGAGCCGAGGCUCCAGCUGAGGCGCUUGCCAAGGCCAGGCAUCUGGCUGACAACCAGAGGCUCUGGGUCAACAUCUGCCGCCCCAGCACUGGACUGAGGGGUCCCAGUGGCUCACUGGGCAGGCUUUGGGUCUUGGUUCCCUCUUCCAUCCUUGGUGGCCUCUAAUUUGGGGUGGAUCAGGGACGUGGCCACCUCCUCAUUCAUGGCGGCACCGGCCUGGAUUGCAUCUAGGACUUGGCUGGAGGUCGGGGCUCAGAGCCAGCCUGCCCCACAGUGACCAGCCCUCAGCCACUGUGCCCUGGUCCCACUUCCUGCCCCAUGUCGUCACCCUGGGCAGCUAGGGUCUCCAUCCCCAACAUCCACAGCAGGCUAGACCCUGUAUGUCCAGUGUCACCUCAGUUGAGAAGAUGGACCGACUACCCCCUUCCGAGAGCCUGGCUGCCGCGGCCUUACCUGCUCUCUGGUCCCAUCUCCCUAGGGCUGGAGGAACUCAGCAAGGGGGUUUUCACUGCAGGAAGUCCAGGAGAGGCCCAAAGCACGGACAGUGCAGGGAUCUCUGCAGGUCCCUGCAUCAUGCAAGCUCAGCUGGGCACCCAUAGGACGCCCGUGUGGUGGGCAUUGCCCCUUCUGGACCUGUGGUUCGGUUGACCUUCUUGCUGAAGCCCCACCGCUCUAGGGUGGGCAGGCUUCAUUUCUGGAACAUCAGAGUUUGAUUCUAGAGCUCACACCUCCCCAUAGUUGGACACUGGAUCUCUGGGCCCCAAGUCCAUGCCAGCCUCUUCGCGCCUUGGGGGGGUCGGCCACCCCACAUGACUUCUCACAUCCCAAGCUGGCUGGGACUAUGUCAGAAAUGGCCUUGGCGCGUGGCCACCUUAUUCCUGCCGUUCCCCAUUCCUCGGAGUCACAGAGACCUAUUUAUUCCGGGUUUCCGGGUCCCCACCUCCAGAAGUGGCCGGUGGCUGGUGUCCUAGAGCAAAUGGCCGGGUGUGGCUCGGCUGACCCUGAGUCAACCUCGGCUCUAGCAUGUGUGGACCUGGUGCAGUGUCCAGUCGGCGGGGGCUCAGGUCUGUGCACCAGCGCCUUGUGGGGUUGGACUGUAGCUCCGGUAGAAGGUUCUGGAACAACCUCCCCACUCCAUAUCCCAUGUUGAAGAUGAAAGCCUUGGGCAGCCCCAGAGCGACUCAGCGACUGAUUUUAUUAAAGAUGUGAACAAGAACCAGAA